GAGGCCACGGGCGCUGUGGACUGCACUCUAGUACUGCGUAUUCUUAAAGCGUACAACAGGGCUUUAAGGAAAUCAGCCCGGUAGUGGACCAAACACACCCGGAGUGAGGACUGGAGAUCGGACCACAUGGUUUCAGACGCCUUAACAAUAAGCAGCGAAUUAGGGAGGAAGUCGAUUUUCUCCGUGGCUUUUCACAGCUGCGGACCCCGCGCUGGCUGGAGCUGCGCCGGCUGGGGCAGAGGGGUGCAGGGGACCCGCUGGAAGGGGCCGCAAGCCUCGUGAUUGACAGCCCGAAAUCUGAUCUUGUGAAAGAGACGUGGAGCCAAUAGGAGGCAGCGAUCCAUCAGUUUGCAUUGGAGGCCCCUGGAGGAGAAGUAGAGGAAAAACCACCGAAUUGAGCUCUGUCAGAGGCGCUUUCGGCUUCCAAGGGGAAGUGCUGGGCGAUAAUUAAUGUUUUUAUUAAAUUUGGAGGGAAUUUUUUGCAGCCGUUCGCCUAGCGUGGCCUUCAGUCCCGUUAGGUGCAAAGCAAGUCUCGUUGAUCGCCAUUGCUAGUUUUGCACUCGUUUGCGAAUCAGAGCUGCCCGGGGUACACCGACGCGCAGGGAAACAUCGAGAGUGUAAAUAAAAUACAUCGCCUCCGGUUCGGAUUUUUGCUACUACCGAAAAUAUGUAAAUUGUGAACUCUCUUGGCUCUCUUUGGAUCCAGGUUGAUAGAAGUCCAGAUCCCGAGGAAAUCUCCAGAUAAAUGCUCAAAAUAUAAAAUACUGAGCUAAUAUUUGCGAAGAGCAGCAGAAUGGAUGGAUUUUAUGACCAGCAAGUGCCUUACAUGGUCACCAAUAGUCAGCGUGGGAGAAAUGGUAACGAGAAACCAACAAAUGUCAGGAAAAGAAAAUUCAUUAACAGAGAUCUGGCUCAUGAUUCAGAAGAACUCUUUCAAGAUCUAAGUCAGUUGCAGGAAACAUGGCUUGCAGAAGCUCAGGUACCUGACAAUGACGAGCAGUUUGUACCAGACUAUCAGGCUGAAAGUUAUACAAGUGCCAAGAAUAUAUUAGGUCAUGUACACAAAUUGGCUUUUCAUGGCCUACCACUGAAAAUCAAGAAAGAACCCCACAGUCCAUGCUCAGAACUCGGAUCUGCCUGCAGUCAAGAACAGCCCUUUAAAUUCAGCUAUGGAGAAAAGUGCCUGUACAAUGUCAGUGCCUAUGAUCAGAAGCCACAAGUGGGAAUGAGGCCCUCCAACCCCCCCACGCCAUCCAGCACACCAGUGUCCCCACUGCACCAUGCAUCUCCAAACUCCACUCACACUCCGAAGCCUGACCGGGUCUUCCCCACUCACCUCCCUCCAGAUAACAGCUUCCCCAUGGACCACAGAUUUCGCCGCCAGCUCUCUGAACCCUGCAAUUCCUUUCCUCCUUUGCCGACAAUGUCAAGGGAAGGACGUCCUAUGUAUCAACGACAGAUGUCUGAGCCAAACAUCCCCUUCCCACCACAAGGCUUCAAGCAGGAGUACCACGACCCAGUAUACGAACACAGCACCAUGGUUGGCGGUGCGGCCAGCCAAAGCUUCCCCCCACCUCUGAUGAUAAAACAGGAACCCAGAGAUUUUGCAUAUGAUUCAGAAGUGCCUAGCUGCCACUCCAUUUACAUGAGGCAAGAAGGCUUCCUGACUCAUCCCAGCAGAACAGAAGGCUGUAUGUUUGAAAAGGGUCCCAGGCAGUUUUAUGAUGACACUUGUGUUGUCCCAGAGAAAUUCGAUGGAGACAUCAAACAAGAGCCAGGAAUGUACCGGGAAGGACCCACAUAUCAGAGGCGAGGGUCACUUCAGCUUUGGCAGUUUUUGGUAGCUCUUCUGGACGACCCUUCAAAUUCUCAUUUCAUCGCCUGGACUGGUCGAGGCAUGGAAUUUAAACUGAUUGAACCUGAAGAGGUGGCUCGGCGCUGGGGCAUUCAGAAAAACAGGCCAGCUAUGAACUAUGAUAAACUUAGCCGUUCACUCCGCUAUUAUUAUGAGAAGGGAAUCAUGCAAAAGGUGGCUGGAGAGAGAUACGUCUACAAGUUUGUGUGUGACCCGGAAGCCCUUUUCUCAAUGGCCUUUCCGGAUAAUCAGCGCCCACUGCUGAAGACAGACGUGGAGCGUCACAUCAACGAGGAGGACACGGUGCCUCUGUCUCACUUUGACGAGAGCAUGGCCUACAUGCCCGAAGGGGGCUGCUGCAACCCACACCCCUACAACGAAGGCUAUGUGUACUGACCCAAGUGACUGUCACGCAGGGCGGCCUCGCCUCUUUCUGCAAGAUGCGGCGAAUCACAGCGUUCUCUCCAGUCCUUGUUUUAUUUUUGUUGUUUGUAUUUUAUUUUUAAAUAAUAAUACAAAAAAGGGGCUUUUCCUGUUGCAUUACUCUAUGGUCUGCCAUGGAUUGCGCACUUUAUUUGAGGGUGGGUGGGAGUAAUCUCAACAUUUAUUCUGUGUAACAGGAAGAUAAAGGGUGAAUGGGCAGAGGGAUUUGGGGAUUACUUUUUUCUUAGGCUUGGGAUAGGGUCCUACAGGUUUUAGGUAUGAUGAAGUUAUAUCAUGUCUGUUUGAUUUUGUAAUAACAAGAUAAUCUUCAUUUUCUCUGGGUAACUAGGGUACAGUUGAUUUCACAUUGUGUAAAUAUCCACUUGGAGACUAUUUGCCUUGGGCAUUUACCCCCAUCGUUUCUCUGUCUCUGCAGGCGUACAAAAACAUCUACUGUAAAUCGCAGUUUAAUUGUUAGAAAGAACUGUUUUUGCACCUCUUGUAAAAAAGGUAUUUAGCGAUUGAUUACAUUUGCCAUCAUUUUGUUUCGCUUUACACCUAACUCACAAAGAAUGACCAUAAAAAUGGGCCAUUCUCUCCAAAGCUGAGUAAUUACCAUUACUGUAAAGGAGGGGCACAAUUUUGAACUCUGGCUCCGAACUGAGUCACAGGCCAGUAGCAUUACAAGUAUUUGGUGCCACCUUGCUGUUUAGAUAAAAAUCAUACUGUCCUAAAUAUUUCGAAACCCAUUUUAGUUGAAUAAUGACACUAUGGUCCUUUGGAAUCUUCAUUUAAAUGUUAAAUCUGGGAUCACAAUGAAGCAAAAAAUAUCUGUCUCUUUUCACUUCCUUCAGUACGUAAAUACAUUAUUUAAUCAGUAAGAAUUAACUGUACUAAAUCACUUAUUAUGCUGUUCUAGAUACAGCAAGCACUCUUUAAGAAAAAUAUCCACUACAUUAAAUAGGUACUAUAGUAAUUUUUAGACAUGGUACCCACUGAUAUGCAUUUAAACGUUUUACUGCUGUGUUAUGUUGAUAACAUAUAUAAAUAUUAGAUAAUGCUAAUGCUUCUGCUGCUGUCUUUUCUGUAAUAUUCUCUUUCAUGCUGAAUUUACUAUGACCAUUUAUAAGCAAUGCAGUUAACUACAGAUAGCAUUUCAGGACAAAAUAGAUGAUUCAAACCAUUUAUUGCUUAAAAAAUAGCUUACGCCAUGCUAUGCUAUAAGCAGCUUUUAUGCACAUUGACAAA